AUGCCUGAGCUCUCUGAGAUCAUGUACUCGCGCGACGCGUGCGUCGCUGCGGUCCGCGACUACUAUGACUUCCUGGCAAAAAUGUACAUUGACGAGUCGAGAAUCAUCGAGCCGCCGGAAAAGGGCUGGCCCACGCUCACUACCGACACCAUGGAAGACUUGGGCAAGACGGACGAAGUCAUCUCGCUGUUAGCCCAUCUACCUUAUUUGUCCGAGGACAGCACCGGCGACAAGGUCGAAGUCAUGCCAAAUUGCACCUUUGCCGACUGGAAGGCCGAUAGCGAACGCGAGGUAAGCGGCGACGACCUCAAACUAUUUACGCAGGGCGUUGGCCUCACCUAUGAUUCGGACGGGGAACAUAUAGACCCCGUACCUCCCCAAGUCGUCGGCCUCGCGAGCGGCCACCGAGAAAAUGAAGUCGUCCUGCUCGACACCAAGCUCGGCGUCGUGUACUGGUACGAGUGCCCUGGCGAGAUUAAGUACUGCGAGUAUCCCGCGCGCGAUCAGGUCGACGAUGAUCCGUACGACUACGCCGAAGAGAACGGAGGGGACGAGGCCGACGCCGAGUGGCGCGGUGACAGCGCUGCGUGGGCUGUCGCUGACUUCUUCGAGAUUCUCAAGGACAGGUUCCGGGAGCUGGACUUUAUCCCGAUUAGUCCCCAUGUGGUGUGGAACGACCUCCCCGAUUCUAAUCGCAAUGCGGACUCAGAGGAGAUGAUGGAAAUGCUACGGGCCAUCUACCGCAAGCACGACUGGCCUGACUUGGAGAAAUAUCGCAAGCGGGAGUGUUUGGCAGCUGUACACAAAGCGCUAGAGGAGCGAUAUCCUAAUGUAGCAGACUGGCGAGUUGGGCAUUUAAAUAGAAAGACUUCGAGACCUAUUCUUACUAGCGACAGGAGGUUAACGUAUUUUCAGUUGGCCAUAGAAUGCGUGUUCCUAAUCGUUUCCCAUCAUCCAGAACCUUAUAGGAAACUUCCAAACCCUCAGCACCUUUUCAUGAACUUCGAGGAGGAUGAGGAGGAGAAAAGACAAGAAGGGGCAUGCAACAUCGAGCUUGACAACGACAUUAUUUCACCAUCAUCUCAACACGAAGCCCUACCUGGAAUUGACGAUGAUAUCGAUGCACUUGAAGCGCUAGAAUCGGAGGAGAAAGAGUUCAAUAAAGAUGCAGAAAUUGAUCGAAUCUUAAAAGCUUUUCGUUUAGAUGCCUACGCGGUUCUCGACCUGCAGCCCGGCGUGCCAGAAUCCGACAUCAAGAGAUGCUACCGCACCAAAUCCCUACUAAUCCAUCCGGACAAAACGCGCAAUGCCCAAGCGCCCGAAGCCUUUGAUCGGCUGAAGAAAGCGCAAACUGAGCUCAUGGAUGAGAAGCAUCGACAGCGGCUGGACGAGGCCAUCUCCGACGCCCGCAUGCUCAUAAUACGCGAGAAUAAAUGGACAGUUGAUAGUCCUGAGCUGAAGACUCAGCAGUUCGCUAAGGAUUGGAAGGAGAAAACGAAACUGGUACUCAUUGAUAAUGAGCAUAGAAGGCGCAGACAAGUGAAGGCGCAGAUGCAGGAGGAAGGCAGGGAACAGAAGAAGGUCGACGAGGAAGUUGAGGCCAGGAAGAGGAAGCGGGAGCAUGAGCAGGACUGGGAGAGUACGAGGGAGCAGAGGAUUGGGAGCUGGAGGGAUUUCCAGAAGGGAGGUGAUAAGAAGAAAAAGAAAAAGGCGAAGCCGAUAGGUUGA